AUGCCUCACAAAACUGACGAAAUCAAGGACCUUCUGCUCAAAGCCAGAAGAAGUGAUGCCAACACUGUCAAGGUCAAGGAAAAUAAGGAUAAUGUGAAGUCUAAAGUUCGAUGCAGCAGAUACUUUGAUAUCUUGGUCAUCACAGCCAAAGAAAGGGCAGUGAAACUGAAGCAGCCUCUGCCCCCCAGGUUGGCAAUAAAGGAGCUAAAAUGACCCUAGCA